AUGGAGGUCCUCGGAGGAGUUAGGGUCACCCCGUCCUCCAGCCCGUCACCAGUUACCAACCAGACGGCCGAGUGCGGUCAGGUCGACACCUCAACUCACAUCUUCUUCAUGCUGGUUUACAGUCUAGUUUUUCUGGUGGGUUUGAUCCUCAACGGCUUCACCCUGAAGGUUUACUUCUGCCAAGCUCAGCAGCAGAUGUCCAGCAGCGUGACCAUCUACCUGAAGAACCUGGCGGCCGCCGACUUCCUGCUCACUCUCUGCCUCCCCAUCCGCAUCUCCAACUACGCCAGCAACGCCGUCUCUGUCCGCAGAGUUUACUGCACCUUUGGGGCCUCGGCGUUCUAUCUCAACAUGUAUGCCAGCAUCCUGUUCAUGGGCUACAUCGCCGCCAACAGGUAUCUGAAGAUCGUCCAUCCUUUAGGGACUCACAUCCUGCAGACGGUGCGGGCGGCUCACAUCGUCUCCAUGGUAACCUGGGUCGGCCUGCUGGCCAUGACGAGCACCUACAUCGUCCUGUCGAUCGUGACGCACAAAGAUCGUGACUCUGUCCCCGACACAGUGAGCUGUGAUGUCAUGCACAGCGAUCAGCUCAGGGUGUUAUAUAAAAUCAUCCACUCCAUCUCUGCCGCCAUCUUCCUGGCCGUCCUCAUCUCUCUGGUCUUCUUCUACUACAGCACCUCCCGCAGGCUGGCGGUGGCGCAGCAGAAGCAGCGGGCGUCCUCGGGUUCCAAGAUGCUGACCAAGUCCCGCAGGAACAUGCUGGUGCUGGUCAGCGUCUUCUGCGUCUGCUUCGUGCCGUACCACCUGGUCCGCCUUCCCUACGCCUUCAUGAAGAAGCCGUAUUUGUGUCAGGCCUUCUUUUACAUGAAGGAGCUGACCAUCCUGUUGUCGGUUUUCAACGUUUGCCUGGACCCGCUCAUCUAUUUCCUCUUCUGCAAGGCCUUCCGGUCCCAGCUGAACCUGAAGCGGGUGUUCAACACCACGCAUGUCGCAACAUGUGCAGAAAAAACGGAGCAGAAGAGCAGCGAAGCCACGCCGAGCACCAUCAAAAUGAACAGGAAGACGUCACUCACCCCUUCCAUGAGGCAAACCAACGUGCUGUAG